GGGGAGUCAAGAUGGCGGACAGACCAGUUCCCGUAAUUGAGAAGCGACUGUUGGACGUGAAACUGGGUGAGCUGGGAACCUGGCUCGGAGGUCGAAACUUCACUCCCAUGGGCCUCAUCUCAGCCGUCCGCAGGGGCCAUGACAGAUACUACAGCAAGUACAUUGACGUGAAGAGGGGAGGCAUCGGCGGUGUAGCUAUGGUGCUGACGGCCUAUGUGGUAUUGAGCUACGUGUGGCAGUACGACCACAUCAAGCAUGAUCGCUGGAGGAAGUACCACUAAGCCCCUUCAGCAGCCGUCAGACCUCCGGGGGUUGAACUUGAAUCUUUUUGUUCCCCCUCCUCUUUCUACCCUCAGCUGUCUGUGUUGAAUUUGUUACUGUUGUGACCAAUAAACAAUACUAAGAUUUAUUGUG